CAUACUUGACAGACUCAACUAAAGGCAGAAGCAGAACCACGUUGUUGUGUUUGUUUUGGAAUCGUCUAGUAUUACAAAGUAAAACGUAAAUAUGGCUCAAGGAAAACUGAAAGUAAAAAGCAAAUUACCAGCUGGAGCGAAGGCAAAGAAAAACAAGAAUAAGGCAGGUAAAGCGGUGACUAAACGUCCAAACGCGCCGGUAAAGAGUAAAACUGCCGCUGAACGGAAUAAGAUGAAGACAAAUGUGUCGAAGAUGGUGAAUGCUGCAGCUGAACAGCAGUUGAGAGCUCUAGCCACGAAUACUCCACAGUUGUCUGCAGCACAGCAACGAGUAGCAGCGGCUCCCACAGCGCCUGCCCCAGCAAAAUAACCUUACUUCUGAACAACGUUCUUCGUGUAAAUUAUUGUGCGUAAUUGUGAUCAUACUACUUUAUUAUAACUAAGACAGUAAAAUAGAUAUAUCAAAUUCAUUGAUAAGGAAUAAUAGACAGAUUUUAAAGGAAAAACAAAACCACUUAUUGGAAAAAAACUGAUGUUACAACGGGUUAGCCCAGAUUGUGUAAUUUUUUUUUAAGGUAGAAUGAUCUAGGUAGGUAUGCAUUCAGCCUAUUACAUUCUGUUAUAUUCAAAUGUCAUUAACUUAUCAUUAAAAUAUUUCUAUACAAUGUGUACAACAUUUGCGAUUAAAUUAAAAUAUAUUCAGUAACAACUAUGUAAGCAAAUGACCAAAAAUCUUAUUCUACAACUACUGUAUGUUAAUGGAGUUUAUUCUGCACUUACUUCAAUGUAUCUUUACAAAUAUUUUGUAAUAUAAACUUGUGAAAUAUUAGAAUUAUAAGUGAAGUUUAAUCUUUAAAUUAAAACUAUUUUUGUUUUA